UCUAAAAUUAAAACAACAACAACAACAACAACAAGGCAACUGUGAAUUUGGGAUUACAUGGCUCGCGAUGGUUAUCGGAAUACAUUUGCAAGCAAGAGGGCCUAGAAGUACAAAGACGAAAGCAACGUCUUGGCCAAGUGUCCACCGGCAGCGGGACAGCCUCCACUCUUGUCGGGACACUCCAAAAUCCAAAUCAAGUAAAUUCAGCCAGCUAGCUCCGCUUCGCUAGCCUCUCCGCUCGCUAGCGUUAGCCGCCGUCAAAUUGCGGCGUUAUUGCCCUUUGUCUGUACGUUGAACUCGCAGACGUUGCUCCCACGUCCGCCGCUCGUCGCACGAAUACGCGAGCCGCGGUGGGAGUGUUUCUUUAUGUUUGUGUCAACGUCGCAUCCGUCAAAAAGCAUUCAUUAGCCAGCCAGCUAACUUGGGUCGCCUCCCGCGAGCCAGCGAAGGGAACACUUCCAAACUUCGCCCGACGCCGAGAAAGGUGGAUAAAUCCCCCCCGCCGAUCCCCUCAACCUUUGUGUCCUUUAAGGAGCGAUCUACUUGCCGUACUUCUAAGUGGUUUGUGGCCUAGUUGCAUAUUGUGCUGGCUAAUGUGCAAAGAGUUUAGUGCGCCUGACAGCUGUCACGACAACACUACAAAGUGGACGCGCUUGCUAGCUUAGCUCUUAGCCUAGCAUUUUAGCCUGCCGUGUCAACCGUGGAGUUUGUGCAUUUCUUCUACCGUGACUCGACACUUGAGACAUCUAUUACUUCGUCGUUACAGCAUUCCGUUUGUUUGACCUUUUAAGCCGGGCUUGCUUUGUUAAAGCGUGUACUCUACUAGUUGUAAAUUCACUUUAUUUAUGCAGCUGGACACCCAUUAAAAGAGGCCCUUUUUUUUUUUUUUUAAAACACACCCUCCCACUUUAAAGUAGUGGCAGCAUGUGAUGAACUGAUGUUAUUCACUUUGUGAAGAAAGCUCCUCAUCAUCCUCAAAUCAGCUCCUCCUCGGGUGGGAACUGAAUAAACAUCUGCGGCGUUCAUCCUUCUGAGCAGAGGAUCGGUCUGGUUGUUGGGGACACCUUGGACAUCGAGUCAGGUCAACUGGCAGUCUGCCUGCUUCUAACCCACCAGCAUGUUCAUCAGGCAGUCGAUACCCUAGCCAAACCCGAGCCUGGCUUCCCAAAGAUGACAAGCCGCUGGCAGGCUGCAGCUACAGAAUGAUGGGAGGAAGUGACACUGGCAGUGGGGACAAGGAUGGGGUGGUCACCGCUGCCAUACACGUCCCCAUCGGCUGGCAAAGGAGAGUGCAUGGCGGCCAGGUGGUGUAUGUCAGUCCCAGUGGCACUUCUCUGUCCUCCCUGGAUGAGGUGAAGACCUACCUGUUGACUGAUGGCACCUGUAAAUGCGGUCUGGAGUGUCCACUUGUCAUCAACAAGGUUUUCAACUUUACUGUGGGGGUGAAGGUGGAGCAGCACAAGCAGCCUUUAGGCAAAGCAGAGCAGGACAUGACCAAACUGUGCAAUCAUCGCAGGAAAGUGGUGGCAAUGGCCGCUCUGUGUCGCAGUAUGCAGGCGUCACAGCUGCCCUUUGCUCAACUUCAUCACCCCGAGGCGAGCAAGGGAGUGGGCAAUUCCAACCCAAAGAAAGCGCUUGUCGAGCGGGAAGAAGAGGACUGGGGCAUUUACCAUCCCAAAUUUCAUCCGGCUCCUGCACGACCUCAGAAUAGUGCCCACCCUGCCCCCUGCGCCAGCCCCAGCCCCAAUUCCUCUCACAAGUUUAUUUAUCCUUUUAAUGGUUCCUCCCCAGGUCCUCACACAGGCACACACUCUCAUCAUCCCCUUGAUGCUUUACGAAGGCCUCAUCACCCUCCUCUUCCUCAGACUUCCAACAGCCCCCCGUUCCCUGCUUACCAUGUUGCCCAAAGGUCACCCUGUACUCCCACCCCUCAAAAUGUCAGUGAAGGUCAAAAAAUGCCCCUAACCCCUGAAACUCCCGCUUCGCCUCUCGUAAGGCCCCUAUCUUCACCUCCCUGCUCCUCUCCUAGAAGCUUCGUCAUCGGAGGAAGAGUAUCACAAAAUCAAGCACAGCAUCCACAUGGGGCCGGAGGGGGAGGAUCUGCCCUCUCCCCUUCUCCCAUCCGCUCUCCCUCUGUCCAUAACACGAAUUGUGUGUCUCCUCAUCAGCGGUCCCACCACCCUUCGGCCUCCCCCUCUCAUGCCUCUGGGGAUCAGGGUGGAAGCUCAAAUUCAGCUGUCGAAGGACUAACGGCAAGUAAUUUUUCACGGAGGAAAAAGUCCUGCUCUUCCUCUCCACACUCCCCUCUUCUUUGUGGUUCGCCAAACCCUAGCCCCCACAUCUUCAAGUUCAAGCUGGAAGACAUCUUGGAACAGUUUAAGAAUUCUGGCAACAGUAGCACGAAUAACCACCUCACAAACCCCAACAUACUGACCAACCAAAGCAGUCACAAUCCUAAUGCUCAGCUUCUGAAACCCUCGAAGAGUACAGCUAGUCCCAGCACAGUAGCGGCAGGUUUUGGAUUGAACUCUGUGGGGAUGUCCAGCGCAACUCUGGGGCCGUUUUUGAAUCACAACAGUCACCAGGGCCAGCUGCCACCCUCAACUUCUUUUCCUGCCAGUAGUCUGCUCUCUGCGGCUGCUAAGGCUCAGCUGGCUAGCCAGGUAACCCAGGGCCCGAGCUCAAAUGUGGCUUGUAGCCAAACAAGUGUGUCCUCUUCCCUGGAAAUCUUGACAGAGGCACAGCAAAAACAGUCAACAAAUGUAACAAACAGCACUUUAAAAAACAGCCACCUUUCCUCCCCCAUUGCUGCCUCUAGGUCUCACUAUCGCUCGCUAGCAGCAGCCUCUUCUGUCCUCUUUCCUUCACCCCAGUCCCUGGCACAGUCCCUGGCUUCUGCCUUGCCCCAAUUGCCUCCCAAAACAGAGCAAAAUUUGUCGCACAGGAAGAGGCGACGGCGAUCUCCCACUGUUCUCAGCAUGAUCAGAGACACCCAGCAGCUCACCAAUGGGCCACAGAAGACCCCUCCCGGGGACUCUGGUUCUGCUACGGCUAUGAACCUAUCAUCUUGGACUUUCCCUCGCUCUUCCUCUACCUCAGAUGUGCAGAUUAGUGUCACGUCCGAGCAUCUGCCGCCGGCGUCAACGUCCGAGUUCCUGACUUCCAAACAGACAGCACAUCUUUCUGGACCUCCUCGACAGGGAGAAUCCGUGGAUAUCACUACAGGCUUGGCACCAGCGUCCCUUAGCUUGGAUCCUCCAACCCAGCCCCUCUCUGCUCUGUUGCACUUACUCAGUGUACAAAAUGCUCAGGCCACAGCCUCUGCUUCCAACCCCGCUACAGCACAUUUGGGAUCUUUGUCUGUUGACGGAGGUGGACACACUAAGACGCCGAACCCCUCACUACCACCCUGUUCUGUUAGCCCUCAAUCCAGUGGCAACCACCCGCAGUCUCCGUCACCAUGCCGAACCAGUAACACUAACACAAUACCGUUGGUUCCAGAGAUGCUUUCUCCCCCUCGUACCUCCUCUCAUUUCAGAUCAGUGCAGUCACAAUCUCAGUCUGUCAGACUAAGUCCUCUACAAAGACAUUCUCCUACUUCCUCAAUACUGUCGCGCUCAAAUUUAGCUUUACACAACAGCAGCAGCCCAUUUGUACAUGUAACCCCUACUCCUCUAGACAGGCAUCAUCCAACGGAGAAUCACAUUCCGACAACUGACACUGUUUCCCGGGUACUUUCACCGGAAGCAUCGCCACAGAGCAUGAUCAGUAAUGGCUCGUCCACAUCAGACCUGUGUCACUCACAAGGCAGUGUUUCUGUGGCGUUAUCCACCUCGCCAAAGCCUCUUGAUCUUAGCAACCAUGUUCUAGCGCUUCUUGCAGCAUCAUCAACUGUACGGCAGGAGGAAGGCAGCUUAGCUGACCAUACAACAGAUGCAGUGAUGUCUUCCCAAGAAAAUCACACCGCAGGAUCCGGUGAAUCUGGACGUUUGGACGUUAAGAGCUCCACAUCAACAAAACCUCCCACACCCGCCAGCCCAGAAGUCGUGGCCUCCUCUCAGCUCGGGGAUGACAGUCCUCAGACACCUUCAGCUCUGAGCGACUCGACUGCUCCUCUGCCCUUGGCAGAGGCCUUCCCGUUCAUGAACCAAGAUCAGCUGCUUCAACUGCUGUCUUCCUCAGGAGGCCUGCCAUCCAUCCUGGACCCUACAGUCCUGUCCUCGUUACACCUCGGAGGGCUGUGGUUGGGUGGGCAAAAUGCACAUGUACCUCCUGCCACUGCUGCAACACAAAAUCUCGCAGAGCAGCAGCCAUUACUGAUACAACCGGAGACGCAGCAGCAAAGCCAGGACCAGCAACAGAAGCAGCAACAAAUGAACAGCAAUCCUCUCUUUCCGUUGUUGCCCCUGUUAAGUGGUGUGCAAGGGGACUUGCCUCUGAAUCUUUUGGGUCUUCUGAACCCAAUCCCACCUCCAGUCUCAGCCUCUGCCACAGGACAAGAACCUGAUUUGGGGCUAACAGAAAAACCAAGUCUUCAAGCUCUGCUUAUGGCUUCCUUGCUGUUUGGGCAACACCAGGCGCCACUGUUACCCCUAUCUGGACUGAGUCAGUUGGGUCAAGUCAGCCUGGAGGUUCCUCUUCAGCAGCCGCCACAGCUCCCCGCCACUUUAGAGGGCCUCACCCUGGACAAGGCUGCUGCUCUCCUGGAUCCGUCAACUCUCCACGGGCCGGGGCUUCUGGAAGUCACCCAGGGCCUUCCCCUCCCGCCUGGAGCGGAGGGGUCUAUUCAAACUCUGCAGUCUCUGCUUCUUCCGGCUGCCCUUCCGCCUCACCCAGCUACCUUCCUGCCUUUUAGCUCCGCCCUCCUCCCAGCUGCUCUGAACACAGCUGACCUACCGCAUAACCAACUAACUCCUGUUCAGCAUACCCAACCUCAGGAACUGUCUGACGCUGGUGUGGACACCCUCAUCCCCCUUUCUCUCCAAGGCAAAGAAAACCCCCUUCUCCAGCAAUUGCUUCCUACUUUGCUUAACCCUGCUGUGUUAGGAGACAUUUCUGGCAUCGCCGGGCUCCAUAACAUGGUGGGUAUUGGAGCCGGUUCCAUCCUCUUACCCUCGGUCCAGACCUCAUCUUUGGGCAUGCCUCUCCUGCAAGGUCCUGAUGGAACCAUCAACUUGCUUAACAACGUACAGCUAAAUCUCGCACCGUCCUCUGAGGGAGAGAAGUCCGACUCAUUGCAGGAAGCACGGAGCCCCGCCUCUCACGGUGACAUUCCAGCCUCUCAGAUCUCUCCCGAAGAGGUUGCUAGUCCGGCUCCGACACCUGCCCAAGAACCGAGCCGACCGCCACAGCGAGGGUCCGACGGCAGGCCAGUUAUCGACCCCUACACCUCUUUCAUGGAUACAAUUUACACCUCCUUCCUUCAAAUCAAUGCUAAAGAGCAAGAAGACGGGGUCCCCUCUGGGCCGUCUGACCCUACGUCACCUUUCUGUGCCUUACCGCCUGUCACAUUCCCCAUGGAGCGCCACGCCCUCUCCACGCCUGCCCCAACUCAGCAGCAGGCGAGCGCCCCGGUCUCCCUCAGCCCACGCCGCGCUUGCUCCCUGCGAAACCCCGACUUGUCACGCCUCAGCUUGGAAGCGACAGCCCAUUCUCCAGCCCAGGGUACACCCAAACCCACCGAGGAUGUGGCCGCAUCGCCUUUACAAAGAAAACCAGUCAUGGUUGAGGGACACACCCACCCGGAGCCCCCUUUGCCAUCCAUAUACUUGGAGGAAGCUAAAACAGACUGUACUGGUGUGGAGAGACAGGCAGGUUAUCUGAGUCCCAGGAAUGGUUGCAGUGGGAGGCCCCAUGAGGAUGCACCAGGGACAUUGCUACGCAGUGAACAAGGAAGGGAACAAUCAGGAGCGGUGUCUGGAGCCCGUCGAGGGAGAAAAAGAAAACAAACACUGCAGAACGUGUUGGAGGACUUCAGAGACGUGGAUGCUACAACAGCACUCGAAGAAACAAAGGCUACUACGACGGCGGCCCUGUCGAAGCCCGACGCGUCGGUCCGAGGCAGGAGGAGACGAGGGGUGAGGUCUCAGAGGCAGUGAUGGGUGAAGGGAGCUGUCAGUCACAGCUGUUCGCCAAUCACAGAUGUCGCUCCCCGGCUCCACCCCUCCGCCCACCAACGUCACCAAUGUUUGUUGUUUGUUUGUCAUUCACAGCCAGCUGCACUAAUUACGCCGUUCAUGUUAACCAACCGGUGGAAAAUAAAGCAUAGGACGAGCUCUAGUCUGGGGGGAAAAAAUAUUUAAUAGAAAGUUAAAAAAAAGAAAAUGGAACAAAAAAACAAAAAACAUGGAUAUUUUCUCACUCUUAGGUCUAGUUCACACAAUAAUGGUUGUUUGACGUGAUCACAGGUCUUUUAAUGAUGUUAGCGUCAUAUCAUUUUUCCACAAAAAAGCAAGAGUACUGUUCUCAUCAAUGUGUUACUGUGAGUCACAAUGAAACCCGUCUACUUGAACCAUGCUCUCUGUGGAAAGUGUGUAUGUCGUUGUGUGCGUGCGUGCGUGCGUGCGUGCGCGCGCGUCUUAAUAUGUUGAUUGUGUAGGACAACAGUGCUAUUGCUGAGCCCCUCACUGUCUGGCCGUGGUUUAUUUAGAUUUCUGAUCGUGUCAUGAAUCAGACCCUCUGUUUAAAUACAGAAAGGACUCUUGUCAAUCACCCCCCAUGUUUUCAGAUGGCGCUGGAAUAUUAGACUAUCAGAUUCUAUUUUUCUUUCGUAGUAUAAAGCCACCGUAAUCGGGUUUCUUUAUUUCCUCCAUUCACAAUACACCCAUCCGUCAUUUACACCACCCUUCAUGAACAAACAAUGGGGUUUCUUAAAAGCGGAGAGCCAUGAUAUUUGAUGUGGAUUUGAUGAGUCUUUGUCCAACUGUAGAUUAUGGAAUAAUAUCCUCACACUGCCCUCCCAUCAAAAUACUGGCAUCUCUAGCUGUAUUUAACAAAAAACAAAAAACAAAACAAAAAAAAAGUGAAAAAGCAAAUUAUGCAAUUUCUAUACACUUGGAGAUUUGUAUAUAUGUACAGUUAAUGUGUUUUAUUAUGAUUUUAUAUGGUUUAGAGAAAAGAGAUGAGCGCAAACAAUUGUGAAUUUUUCCGGGAGUAUUUUUUCCUUCAACCCCCUUGCUUUCAAUACUUAUGUUAAAAAAAAGACAAUUAAAUUGUGGACUGUAGCUUUCUUUUUUUUAUAUGGGAGUCUUUUUUAUUUAAUAUUAAAACUAUUUACAGAAAAUCUA